CGUAGAGACGUGUUUGUAAGUAAAGUGCAGGUAUAGACCGUUAUAGAUUAUGUAUCCAGAUGUCGUAACAAGGGAAGCCUGCAAGUAAACCAUUUUUUAAACGUUUGCAGAGUGUAUCAAUUAUCGUUUCAUGUUGAAAGUUUGGUAAUAUGUUAAACAACGUCAGAAUAAAGGAAUUCCGGGCGCAAGGAAUUAAUUUCAACUGAUGAGGAGCAGUCACGUCUAAGUGUGUUGUUUGUCACGUGAAACGGGCAAACUAACUAUGGUUCCAAAGGCUGGUGCGCCUGCGUGGUGUUUAUUGAGCGACUGCAGAUGCCGUGGGGGUGAUGGACCCCUCUGUUAUCGUUAGCAGCUCCGCUGUGGAACGUGACCUUUACGUAACAACACAGCUCCGUAGCGGCGUGGAAACCUCUCCCGCGCGCUUGGCGCAGAGCUUCAGUCUGCAGUCGCUCGUUGGAGCGAUAGGUUGUGUUUUAAUCGUAAUGGCGGCCAGACAACAACAACACGAGGUUCCGCCAAAACAAUUUGCAAUUUUAACAUAGCUGCAUCAUAUCUGUACAUGUGCAGUAUAAGAAAACAGCGCAGAUCAUGGCUGAGAUGGGUAGAGAUGCAUUUACGAGUAGGAAUUACAGGCUGGCAGCGGAAAUACAUGAAGGAUGUUUAAAACAAAAAGACACAAGUGUAGAGCUUAAUUUCGGAUACGGGAAUUCGCUGGCGAGAUGUGGGAGAUUACGGGAAGCUUUGGAUGUUUUCUCGCAUUGUAGUCGGCUACAGAGUGGUAAUGAUGGUGGUUUUGUGACCCAAGAAAAGCUUCGACAUUUAGCAACAGCUCUGUUAGACGCCAUAAUUGCUAAUACAGCAGGUCCGAGUUCGUCUCCAGCAAGAGGUUUUGAAUGUCGGAUAUGUGAAGGAAUUCUUCUGCAGCCGGUGACAACAGCGUGUGGACAUACUUUCUGUCGCAGGUGUUUGUUGCGGGAUGCUUCAAGAAGCUGUAGGCAGUGUGGUCAGAAGAUCGCGAGUGGUGUACUAGAAACGAACGUAUUGAUGAAAGGAUUAUCCGAGAAAUGGUGGCCUGAAGAAGUUCGUGCUGCAAGACUCCGGGAAGAGGGCAAUGAGCUCUUCCAGCGGAACGAAGUAGACGCGGCCAUGACAAAGUAUGGCGAGGCGCUGCAGAUCGCUCCAACCAACCAUCUUGUACUCAGCAACCGCUCCCAUGCUCUCUUACGACUGAACCGAUUCCAGGCAGCUCUUGACGAUGCUGACGCUAUUGUGAGAUUGUGUCCAACAUGGGGCAAAGGUCACUACCGUCGUGGAAUGGCACUGACCAGUCUUGGCAGGCAUGAAGAUGCUCUGCUGUCUUUCUCAGUCUGCCUGGCACUUGAUCAUGACAUUGGAGCUGUACACCAUGAAGUGACACUUGCUUUACAUCGUUUGCUGGUGGGUGCCUCGGAUGGCUUCCGAGCUCGCUGCCACUCCCUUGGUGUACUGGCUCCCUAUUCUCUACAGGGCCGGCGUCCACGUUUCCUUGCUUCAUCAUAUCCAGCCCUUAACUCUAGUGACUAUGAAGAUAGCUCCAGUGGAGACGAAGAUUUCCAGGCACCACAUAGGUUGGCGUCAACAUCGCUUGGUGGUUCAACAGCUCCGCUAGUUCCACAAGAGAACACAAGACUCCAUUGUCUGAUAGAUCACAUCUUCCAGGAAGUCGACAGGAUAAAGCGGCUGGAUGUAAAGCUGAUGGAUCUGUCUGUGAACCCAGAUCUUGUUGACCCAGCAGAUUUUGACUGUGUGUUGUGUUGCCGCACAUUGUGGCAGCCAGUUACAACACCAUGUGGGCACACGUACUGCUGGAUGUGUCUGGACCGCUGUCUGGACUACAGCUUUGCCUGCCCACUCUGCAUGACGUCACUUGCUGAUUACUUGGCAACCAGUCAGAAAGCAGUAACAGAGGUGAUUGAGCACUCCUUAAGGCUACUUCUGCCAGCUGAGUACUUGGCUCGUCAAGUGACACAUCAUCAGGAGUUAUCAGAGUUGGUGCAGCUGUGGGGUGGUCAGGUGCCAGUGUUUGUGUGCACUACUGGGUUCCCAGGUGUCCCCUGCCCUCUGUAUGUGUAUGAACCUCGUUACCGAGUCAUGAUGCGACACUGUGCAGAAGCUGGAACACGUGAAUUUGGAAUUGUAGCUUGCCUCACAAAAGAUCCAGGGAACAAAAGCUAUGCUGAGUUUGGAACAAUAUUAGAAAUCAGAGACUGGAUUCUUCUUGACAAUGGUUGCUCCAUUCUUACAACUGUUGGUGUCCAGCGGUUUCACAUAUUGACACGCGGAGAGAGAGAUGGUUACGACACUGCAAAGGUGGAAUACUUCCGAGAUCAACCUAUACCUGCAGAUAGGCUUCCAGAUCUGAAGGAUUUACAUGAUCGAGUUCAUCCUAAAGCUUGGCAAUGGUUUAAUUCUUUGGAGGCAGAGCUGCAGUCUGAGAUAGUGAGGGCAUUUGGUCACAUGCCAGAGCUGGAGGAGGAAUGGCCCUCAUUGGCUGAUGGGCCUGCCUGGACGUGGUGGCUUCUUGCUUUCCUCCCAUUGAGCCAGGAGCUUAAGGUUGAAAUACUGGCCACAACAAGUCUAGAGAAGCGCUUACGAGCUAUUGACAAGACAUUGGAUCGUAUCCAGGCAGCAACUGCUGCAAGGCAAGAACAGGAACUUGCUGUAGCAGCUAGACAUGAGCAACAGACUUCAAACAGUGAGCAUCAGGCUGGUCCUAGACAACAAACUGGAGAGUCACUUGACCAGCAAGAACAACAAAGUCAGCAUGUAGUGACUGCAGGCCACCAGCUGCCACCCCACAUAUUCAAUUCCCGCUUUUUGGGGGCAAAUAGGGAGCGAGUGGGUGUCAUGGGGACAUCCUGACUAGCACGGGUGGGAAGGUGGAAAAGGAGGAGAGUUGGGGGAUCCUGGGGGAAAGCAAGAUGCAGAACGAUGAAGCCUACACUGUUACCAAAUAGUUAACUGGUUAUAGAAAAUAAUAUUGCUGAGAUUGCUCGGAUACUGACAGGAAAUAAGAUAUAAAAAGCACUGAGACAGCAUAACUAUGUAACUCAUUCUACUGGGCAGAAUCCUUCAUGAGACCCUAAUAGUUUCUCAGCUGAUCAAGAAAUUCCCUGCAUUUUACAGAACUUGAAGCUUCAUUAAUGUUUUCACAAAAGCCUACAACUGGUUGCUAUCCUGAGCCAAAGAAUUUAGUUUGAGGUCCUGUGUAACAUUUUGUAAUAUAUUGCAGUUCUCAGUAUAAUUAAAUAAAAGGCAUUUGUAAGCUCUAUCUUCUUACAUCCCUAAAACCAAAGUAAAGGAGCAGCUAAUUUCAUCCCUGUCCAUCCUUAUGCCUGUCUGCUUAUCCACCCUACUUUUCCUUAUGGUAUUUAUGACACAGUGUCAGAAGAUAGAACUUGGGAAGCAUUAACAGAGCAGAUGUGCCUGAAUUUUUAUACUAGGCUUACAUUUUCUAACUUCUUAUUAUUUAGUUCAAAAACUGUUUCUGUAUAAAAAUAAAUUUGUUUUGUAUGGGAAUGAAAGUACAUAUGUUACAGGUGUUGGGAAGGAAAGUUUUCAGGUCAGAAGGCCUAAGAAUAAAGUAAGUGGGUAGUUAAAGACAUCACAUAAUAAAUAAUAUACACAGGCCAUGUAACCCUGUUAGAAUAGUGUGAUGGACUGGAUGUAGAGAAAACAAAGAAUAUGUAUAGAACUUUAAUGCUUGUAAAACAGUCACUUGGAAGACUGAGAAGGAGAUGGGAGAAUAACAUUAUGAUGGAUCUUAGAUGAUGUGGUGGAUUGAAAUGGCUCAGGAUUGUGUUCCAGUGGCAGGUUUUACAUUUGCUUAAUUACAUUAAUUAACUGAGAUAAGUUGGCUGAAGUAAUUGUAUUAACUUUUUGGUCCUGGGGUUGAGUAAGGUGCUGCAAUUAUAUCACAGUUUAAUUUGUUUUUGUUCAUUCUGCAAGUGAACCCAAGACUGAUUAGAUUUAGUUUUAUUAAAAAACAAUGAGUUUUAGAGAUUUACAUUUAUUCUUGCAGGGAUUUAGGUUCUGCCUCAUACUUCAUAUAGGACCUGUACUGCCAUGCUCCUCUCAUAAUUAGACUUUUCCAGCAUUAGCAUUGUUGUUCCCAUUAAGAUUAUCUCCAAUACAAACCAUGUGCCAAUCAAAUUUAAUUUUGUGUGUGUGUGUAUUUCAUUCACAGUUCAGCAUUAGUUGAGCCAGAAGGUGACAGUUUCUAAAAUGGAAGCUAGUUGUACCUUCUCUAUGUAGGUAUGAGAAUGGAAAAUGGCUCAGUGGACUAAACUUUCAUGUUAUGUGCUGUGCCAUGUGCAGUACUGCACACCAUCAAGCUACUGAGAAGAAUGUUUUAAGUGUUAUAGCAGAUCACCACAGUGCUCUGUGGGACUGAAUACAGAACUGCACUUCCACAAAGUUUUCCAUUAUUGUGUGACAUUAAAGAGCUUUUAUUUGAUAACUACAAAUCAUUAAUUAUUAAUAUUUAUUAAUAUUAUUAUUUUAUUUUAUUUAAGUGAUGUAUAGGUUUUUUAUCCUGUAACAUAUUCAGUACUGUAUGUUUUCGUUUUGAAGCAAGCAGGCAUGUCCAGGAAUGUUUAUUCUUAAUAAAAGAGGAAUGGUUAUUUGAUUUGGCAAUAAAAUCCAAAGAGAUUAUUUGUGAAGAAGUGUUGUUUUCACACCAAAUAAAGUAAAACUUCAUGUCAGUUAAAAAUGAAUUACAUUUUCAGUUAAAGUAAUUUGAGGCAGUGUUGUCUUCAGUGUUGCUUUGAAAUAUUUGUGUUUCUAUAUUCUGUUGUUGCUUUUUUUAAUUUAUAUUUUGGAACAUGUUGAAACAUGACAUCAUUUGCUUUUGUACAGUAUAUACUGUAUAUAUGAUAGUUGGGAAGGGAAGAACCCUUUACCAGAGUAAGAGCCCAUAGACACACUAAUGUUAGGUGAAAUAUCUUAUCCUCUCUGAGAAAUGUCUUUGUGAUGUGUCAACAUAGACUGAUAAAAUGUGUUGUAGUAUAUUAUGUUUCUUCAAGAAGUAUUGAGACUGAAUCUGUGAAAACUGAGAUAUGCUCACAGGGAUUAGGGGUUAAUAAUUCUGAGAGUAGGUCAUCAUUACAUACUCCCUUGUUCCACCAUCCAUUCCAGUGCUAGAAGAAGCCUCAAAUUCACUGUGUGCACCUGCCAACAGCUGCUCCACUAAACUGUGUUCAUUUAUUUUAAAAUCAUUAAAUAUUUUGUCUUUUAUCAUUUCUUUGAAGUUUAAUGAACAGAAAAGUCACAUGGAGCCAUAUUUAAUAAGCAGGAAAACUGUCUCAUUUAUGGAAUAAUGUGUUUAGUUAAAAAUAAUGUUGCACAGAUUUGGCUGACUUGGUAUAUUCUCAUGGCAAAUUUUCCAUUUGCUGUAUUCCCCAUUUUUAUGAUGGUUUAUUACACAGUGCAUCACAGAUAUAGCUCAACAUUUGUUUAUAGAAAUUACAAAUCUAUAUUAAUAGACUGAUUCUGUGAAGCAUGAAACCUUUGUAAUGAAAGAAAAAGAUAAACAUCACUUUGGUUUUCUACACAGCAUCAGUUACAGUGAGGAAUGAUGUGUUGAUUGCUGCUCAGUGUCACUGUUAUAACCAUGAGCCAUGUUGCAGCAUCAGCUGCAUUUUUUCUGAAGUUUUCAUCAGUUUCUGCAAAUUCAUUUAAAUCAAAAGCCACAGACAAGAAGUAUAUUUUUCCUUCUUCCAUGUUGGCUGCUGUGGAAUGGUCUUGGCUGAGACAUGCCUUAUUUACAAUUCUUCAAUUCAUGCAGCCUGACAAGAGCCAUAAGAAAUUCCUCUUCAGCUGUUUCAUGAAUAGUCAAGUCUUCUGUAAUUUUUGCACUAUUAUUAUUAUUAUUGGAGGGGGUGGGUUUCCCCAUGCACCGCGACCAGUUUGAUCUAUUGUACGUCC